AUGAUGGCGGUUGAUUUGACUCCUCGGUUUAGGAGGCUGAACAGCCAAACAAGAAGUUUCCGUGAAAAUAUACAACACGGUUUCUCAGGGCCCUUUGGUGCCACUCAGCUGUGGCACAACAUCAUCCAGGCCCUGCAAACCCAGGUGGAGGUGCGUCGGUGUAGGAGGCAUCUACGUGUUCACGCCGAAUGUUUCACAGGCUCAGACGCUGUGGAUGCCGUCCUCAGUUAUUUGAUGCAGAAUGUGGUGUUUUGCACAAGCGAAGUGUCUCGCCUCAAAGCUGCUCGACUCUGCCAGGCUCUGAUGGAGGCGAAGGUGUUUGAACCAGUGGGCACAAAGCUGUUUCGCAGAGACAAGGAAGUGACCUUUGAGGACAGCAGCUGUAGCCUUUACCGUUUUCUGGAAUAUAAAGUGUUGCCCGGCUCCUCCAUGAAGGAGUGCAGUAGUCACACAGAAAACAUGCCAUCCGAGGAGCUGGAGAUUAAGAGGAAGAAGAGCUCCAGGCUGAAUGAACUGAGAACAAUCUCCAAUCCUCUUGCUGUCGGGCCAUCAGAUAGAAGGGUUGAGAGGCUGCUGAGGACCAUUAACCUGCGGCCCUCCAUGUCCCCAGCUGUAAACACAGCCCCAACAACCUCUGCCUUUCUAUCGAAGGCUGUGGUGGAAGAGGUUUGGAAGCAGCAGACGCUGCUGCAGCUGCUGCAAAUAGUGGAGUUGCCCAUGCUGGACUGCAUUCUGACCUCUCCUGCCAGGAUUCAGCCUCAGGCCUGCAGAGCCCCUCUGGCGACCCAGGACCUGGUUAUUUCUAACACAUGCCUGGAGAGAGAGCUGCCUGAUACCCUUAACCUGCCUCAGUUGGAUGGGUGGCUGUCAGCAGCAGCAGACUGCUUGGAGCUUUUCCCAGACCAGCUGAUUGUGGUAGCAGGGGAACAACUCAGCCAACAAGGCAGCAGUACCUCUGUGGAGGAUGGCAAUACAGAGCAGAUGGCAAGCCAAAAGAGACUGCUCUUUGACAUAAUUUCCAAGUACUACAGUGGACAGGAAAAAGCUCCACUUCUCUCAGGACGCUACCUAGAUAUACAUGUUGCAAUUCUGAAUCUACUGGAUGGAGGGAAGAUGCAGGAUGCCAUCAGAGCAUCUCAGUUGUGUUUGCGGCUAUUGGAGACAAGUGUGAGAGAUGAACUGCGGAGACUCCUGGCCCUCAUGGCCACAGCUGCUCACCCAGAUGCCUGUCGUCUGCAGAAACAAACUGACAACAGGGCCUUGGUCUGCCGCACUUUUCAGAGAGCAAUUGUCCAGAAUAACGAGCUGACUCGAUCCCAGUGCGAAACCCUGGUAUUGUUUCUCAUGGACAAUCACACUGAGCUCUUCAAGACUCCAACAUCCCUUAUUGAAGCUGUGAGGAGAACACUGAGGACUAUGCAGCAGGGGAAAGACCCUGAUUCAAUUGCCACGUUCACCUUCUGCCAGCAAGUGACACCACAGGAGUACGAGGACCAGCGUGAGGCUACCACCCUGGAGAGUCUCAAACAGCUUCUUCAUGACAUUUCCUCCAGUAAGAGCAUGCCUGUCAAAGACAGGAGGAGGCUGCUCAAAGAGUUUGAAAAGCAUCACCCUGUGGUUUUCCUCCAACAUUUCUCUAGCACCUUCUGAAACAUACAGCUGGAGGGUAUUGGUUUGACUUCCAAGGUUCAUUUCACAAAGCCAGUCUGCGAUGGCACAGUGUCUACACUGUAGAAUCGUGCUAAUUUAAUGUAUAACAUGGAUCUAAUAAAACAUGGUGGCCUUAUAAUUCUGAAUGCUUUAAAAACUGGCAUACAAUCACACCUCAAAUCCCACCUAAUUUCUAGUAUGUAUAGAUGGAUUGGCAACUUAGGUGACUGUCAGUGUAGCUAUUCCUGUGAUAAUUAUAAAUGGUGUUGCUUUAUUUAUCCAUGUAUUUUGCACCAUGGAUUGUUCUGAAAUUGCCACGAAAUAAGUAAGUUAUAAAAGAAACGAUAAAAGGGAUUAAAUGGAAUAAAAUACGAAAACACUUUCUUUGAGUUUUAUCAGCUGUUUUGAGGCUGUAAUCAGUGUACAGAUAAUGUACUAACUGAUGUACUUCUUGCAGGUGUGGGUACUGUUUCUGGAUAAUUCUAGAUCAUUAUUCUAAUGUAUUGUUUAAGGUUGAUUGGGGCUUUGAAAAUGGACUUGUGCUUGUCAGAAGUAAUGCUGUGCACUUUAAUCAGGUAUUAAUAUUUCUACAUAUCAAGUGAAGAAUAACAACAUCACAGCAGCCAUUUUGUUUCUUGUUUUGGUUUUCCAGUUUUACUGUAGCAUGCUUUAGUGUGGUUGAGGAAAAAUACAUAACACUAUAACACUAAUGUAGCUGAGUGAAGUUUAACACCAUAUGUAACUUGUUUUUGUUGGUGAUGAAGCACGAAGGGUUUUUUUUCCUGUGAAAAAGUUAACUUGAAAUCAGUGAGGGGACAAUAGGCUAACCAUAGCUCAGGUUAAUUUACUGUAUUUUAAUUAUAUGGGUAUUAAAUGCUUGUAGUGCUAUUAACUUUUUAGGACUUUACUUGAAGCAGACAUAAUAAAUGGCUACUAAUUUAAUCUUUUGUUGAGCACAGUGCAUGAAGCUAUGGUGAUACAAAAGUAACUUAGUCAAAUUGAGUUUCAGUCAGCAUCUUUUGUUUUUGCAAACACUGAAAUCAUGUUAGAAUGCACUUUAUGAUGCUGAAACAUGCUUUACUGUAUGUUGAA